AGCGGGCCGGGAGCUGCGGGCGCGACGCGGGCCGGGCGCGGGCCGGGACUGCGGCGAAGAGUGCUCCCCAUGCCCGGUGGCUCCUCGCUGCAUCACCGAGUUUCAAACCCACGGUGAGCCGCCUCUGCCUCCGGACAGCGAGAAAGAAAGAUGUGGAAAGCGUCGGCAGGCCAUGCCGUGUCCAUCGCCCAGGACGACGGGGGAGCUGAUGACUGGGAGACUGACCCUGAUUUUGUGAAUGAUGUGAGUGAAAAGGAGCAAAGAUGGGGCGCCAAAACCGUGCAGGGGUCUGGGCACCAGGAGCACAUCAACAUCCACAAGCUGAGAGAAAACGUCUUCCAGGAACACCAGACCCUCAAGGAGAAGGAGCUGGAGACGGGACCCAAAGCCUCCCAUGGCUACGGCGGGAAGUUUGGUGUGGAGCAGGACAGGAUGGAUAAAUCCGCCGUCGGCCACGAGUACCAGUCCAAACUUUCCAAGCACUGCUCGCAGGUUGACUCAGUCCGGGGUUUUGGGGGCAAGUUUGGUGUCCAGAUGGACAGAGUUGAUCAGUCUGCUGUAGGCUUCGAAUACCAGGGGAAGACCGAGAAGCACGCCUCCCAGAAAGACUACUCCAGUGGCUUUGGGGGCAAAUACGGUGUGCAGGCCGACCGGGUGGACAAGAGCGCUGUGGGCUUCGACUACCAGGGCAAGACGGAGAAGCACGAGUCCCAGAAAGAUUACUCCAGGGGGUUUGGUGGCAAGUACGGAAUAGACAAGGACAAUGUGGACAAGAGCGCCGUGGGCUUCGAGUACCAGGGCAAGACGGAGAAGCACGAGUCCCAGAAAGACUAUGUGAAAGGGUUUGGAGGAAAGUUUGGUGUGCAGACAGACAGACAAGACAAGUGUGCCCUUGGCUGGGAUCACCAGGAGAAGCUGCAGCUGCAUGAGUCCCAAAAAGAUUAUAAGACGGGUUUCGGAGGCAGAUUUGGUGUUCAGUCCGAGAGGCAGGACUCCUCCGCUGUGGGGUUUGAUUACAAGGAGAGACUGGCCAAGCACGAGUCCCAGCAAGAUUACGCCAAAGGAUUUGGCGGGAAGUACGGGGUCCAGAAGGAUCGGAUGGAUAAGAACGCGUCCACCUUUGAGGAGGUUGCACAGGUGUCCUCCGCCUACCAGAAGACCAUCCCGGUUGAGGCUGUGACCAGCAAAGCCAGUAACAUCAGAGCCAACUUUGAAAACCUGGCCAAGGAGAGAGAGCAGGAAGACAGGCGGAAGGCGGAGGCCGAGAGAGCUCAGCGGAUGGCCAAGGAAAGGCAGGAGCAGGAGGAAGCCAGGAGGAGGCUGGAAGAGCAAGCCCGAGCCAAGAAGCAGACGCCCCCCGCGUCCCCCACGCCCGAGCCGGCUGAGGAGAGGCCGCCCUCCAGCCCCGUCUACGAGGAUGCAGCCUCGUUCAAGGCAGAGCCCAGCUACCGAGGCCCCGCGGCGGGGAGUGAGCCAGAACCUGCCUACAGCACCAAGGCCACAGACCUCUCAGAGGCCAGCAGCCAGCAGGGCCUGGCCUACACCACGGAGGCCGUCUACGAGAGCACGGAAGCCCCCGGCCACUACCAAGAAGAGAACACAUACGAUGAGUACGAGAACGAUCUGGGUGUCACAGCCAUCGCCCUCUACGACUACCAGGCUGCGGGCGAUGACGAGAUCUCCUUCGACCCCGAUGACAUCAUCACCAACAUCGAGAUGAUCGACGACGGCUGGUGGCGGGGGGUGUGCAAGGGCCGCUACGGGCUCUUCCCGGCCAACUACGUGGAGCUGCGGCAGUAGCCAGGAGCCCGACGCCACCGCGGGGCGCAGGCCACGCCUUGGCCGCGCCGGGGCUCGGCUUGUGUGUUUCCAAAGGAGGGGAGGGGGAUAUACAUACGGCUUUUAUAUUUAAUACUUUCGCUGAUGCUUUCAAAAAUGUCUAUGCCCCAGAACUCGCUAAUAUAUUGUAAUCGUGUUCUUAGGAGGACUUGGGUCAUUGUUCUACCCACUGAAGGAAUCUUUUCUUUUUCUGCCACGUUGCCUGUCACGGGCAGCCACUUUGGGGCCAGUAGUUUUCCUGCGGUGCCGAGUGCUGUGUCCUGGUGUCCAGGGUGACAGUGGCUUCUAGCGCAGGCCGGCGCACUCACGGCCACGUGUGCGGCGUGGACCGGGGCCGGGGGUGGCCAAGGCCAGCCUGGCUUCUUGGGUGAGGAGAGCGGCUGAGUCCAGCCUCAGGAACGAGAACCUCCAGUCUCGCCAUGUGAAAUCACAGGGUUCGUGACAGCUACAACCCAGGCUCCCCGCUAGGCUACCUCCCUGCCUCGUCUCCAUCGCCGCACCUACCUUGGGACCCUGCCUUCCGUGAGGCCCCCGCCCCCGCCCGAAGGGCCACAGGGCCUGUCCCUCCCUGUUUGUCUCCGUUCCAGGCCGCCGCAAAAGGCCCGUGUUAGUGUCAUGCCCGAUGCUGGUGUUGGGCUCAGACCCACAGCCCCCGAAGCCUGGCAGCCCAGUGCGUGUCUGCCCCUGUGGGUGGCAGAGGUUUGCCCCAUCAGGGAGUGUGCUGCUCGCCAAACCAUUCCGGCACAGCACAAGGCAGUGGAUGGGUUUGGCUGAAACUCAAUGGGGGCGAGGCAGAGCUCCCGGGGGCCUCUCCCAGCUGCUCCCGAGUGGCUGGCCCCGCCCGCUGCUUCUCAUGGCGACACCCUGGUCCCCGUGGAGAAGCCGGGAGGCUGGACCGGGCUGUCCUCGCGAGAGCCCAGCAGCCCCUUCCCUGCUUGGGACUCGGAGUGAUGGAGCUUACUGCUGGCCUUUCCUCUCCAGAAGUGCACUACGGCCCAGCCCUGGCCUUUCCACUCCGGGGACAGGCUUUAUAGGCGCCUGUUGUAUCCGCAUUUCUGUAGCACACCUCAUAGGUAUGAUUUUUUUAAUUAUUAAAUAUUCAGAAUAAACUUUUUUGAUUCCAUUA